AUGGCCAACUCGAACUACAACUGGUUCACCGCGACAUUCAAAGAAGGUCUAUCCAGGUCGUAUGUUGCAGGGGUGCUAGCGGAAUGCAUUGGGGACAUAGUGCAGUCAAUGCUGAAUGACAGUGCAGUCAGUUCUGCCUGGGUCACCGAGUUUCAAUAUUCCACCAAUCGUUUUGAUCAAGCCCUCCGAGUCUUCAGCUUGCUCGAUGCCCACAACCUGGACAUAAACUUAAUUUUGAGCUUUCAUAGAGCUGUGUUGAAUGAGGACGGAAUUCGUUCCGUUCUCCGCGACCGUUUUGAGCUUGUCCCAACUCGGACCCAGACGUGGCCUAAUAACCCGACAAUGGAGGUUACAACCACCUUACCUGCCGAACAAAUGCCUUUCGAGGUUUAUUAUCAUCACCUCCUUCGCAAACAUCGCGGCAUUCCUCUGUACUCCCCAGCACCGCGAGACACUCUUCCUGAGACGUAUCGAGAAGCGGGCGUGUUUAUUGGUGAUGUUGGUCGCAUCACAAGUGAUGGCUCCUUUGAUUUUUUCUUCAACGUGUAUCGUGCUGCAGACGACCCAGUCAACGUGAAUGGAGUUCCGGCCGGGUUUACUCUCCUUGCGAUGUAUCCUCAUUAUCACAUUUCGCACAAAACGCGGCGACCCGGCGACUUCGUCGGAAGUCUUUCCAUUCAACUAGAGUCAACGCAGCCUUUCGAUCCUUCGCAUUUUCCCGGUGCUGAAUAUAUAUUUCAUUCCACUCACUCUGAUGGGGCAGUACUAGCCCUGCCCCACGGCUCUCAGGUGCAGAAAGUGGAGGCCAUCAGGACAAUGAGGCAGUAUGCAGCCCAGAAUGCUAAAUAUUGGUACGAAUUUGCGUUGGGGCCUGAACUAGGACGUGAUAUUGAGAACGGCCAACUCUAUUUUGUCACUGGCUGGGAGAAGGCGCCAUCUUGGGGUAUAGCUUCGUUCCAAACAGGAUACACGCCCCAAGCCAUCGCACAACAGCUUCGGUUUCAGCCUACUGCUCCUCUUGAAUCACAAUACAAGUAUCGCUGGAGCUGUUUACCCAGCAUUGCCGACACCGAUUUUGCGGACGCACCAAUGAUCACCGCACCACUCAAUCAAACACUUUUCCUCCAUGCAUUUGCGAUUUCUCUGGACGAAGCACUCUGGCUCCAACUACUCGCCGGCAACGAUGCAGUCCAGACUGUGCACCACCCUCCAGCGGCAGGACCAGGUUUCUCCUCUCUACAAAUCAGUCCUCAUAGAGCGUCAUCUUGGAUGGCAUCGUUCUCUCGUCUAAUACCAGGGUCUGGUGGAGGGAAUACCGAUGAUGCGGCGGAACAAGGCUCCAGCGAUGUCUUUAUGUCUGCUACCCCUCCUCCUCCUCCUUCACGUUUGUUUCACCCUUCGCAGCUGAUCAACGAGGAACUUCUUCGUCAGAUCAAUGGAGUAACGGUGGCCAUAACACACAGUGAUGACUGGAUGGAAAUACUGGACGACUCUCGGCCUUCUCCACUAGCUGCUGUAACUCCAGAAUUGUUCAAGGAGGCCAUAUAUGAUGACUGCCUGGAGGUCAAGAAGGAAGAAGGUUUUGUGUAUCUCGAACGACUGUCUGCACCAACCUCGAGCGCACUUAUGCUGAGAGAACUAAGGCCUCACGCGUCGACCAAUCCCCCCUCCCAAGUUAAUCGACGUCGACCCCCUUCUCAGCUAUCGUCAAGUUCUCAACCUGACUUGCAACGGCAGGAUGCCAAAGAAAAUACACAACAGAAAAAAACAAGUUGCAGUAAACAGCGUUUCCGAGCGGGUAACCGUGUGUUUUACUGGGAUGGGGGCGGACGCACAGUCUAUUGCGUGAUUAAGUCUCUGGCCAUUAUUCCGGGUGGGACUGUGGCCGUCACGGCAAUCACCGACUCUGGCACUACGAUGCGGCUACCUGCAGCUGCCUUGCAAAACUUGUCCGUGUAA